GCCGGAUUAAGAAAUAGAUUGAUGAGUAUAAAGCAACUCGACGAAUCUUUUUCUCGGUCUUCAUAUUUUCCAAAUGUCCACUCCUGACGUAGAUCAGAAAUCUGAAUCUAAACAAGUGGAUGUUACGUAUCUGGAGGCAUUGCCAAACCCAGCAGAUGCCCACAAUCCUAACGCCAGAGUGAUAUUAUCCGAUGAAGAGAAAAAGCUUGUUCGAAAGAUUGAUACAAAAAUACUGCCGAUCAUGUGCGCAGUUGGAUUUCUUCAGUUUUUGGACAAGACAUCUUUAUCCUAUGCGUCAGUGCUUGGAAUCAUCGUAGACACUAACUUGCAUGGAUCUGAGUAUGCACUUCUGGGAUCGCUGUUCUACAUUGGUUAUUUGACUAUGCAGCUCCCCAACAGUUACUUGAUGCAGCGGUUUCCACUAGGCAGGCUAGUUGGAACUAUUGUGUUUUUAUGGGGCAUCGUUCUGGCAUGCACUUCGCUUGGAAAAAAUUUCUCGGAGCUAGCUGGCCUACGCUUCUUACUCGGUUUUUUUGAAGCCUGUGUUAAUCCCAUCUUCAUCAUGCUCACCAAUACCUUUUACCGAAAACAAGAACAAGUGACCCGAAUUGGAGCCUGGUGGCUUUUCAAUGGUUUUGCAUCUUCCCUUGGAGGACUUGUCGGCUAUGGCAUUGGCCAAAUGGAUGGGGUUCGAUCUUUGUGGGCCUGGCAAUGGAUUAUGAUUAUACUGGGGUCUAUUACCUGUCUUGUUGGCAUCGUUGUAUUCUUCGUAUUAAUUGAUGAUCCUUACUCAGCAAGACUUCAUCUUACUGAAGAUGAGAAGCUCAUUGUGGCAGAUCGCUUGGCGGACAAUGGUGUCUACCGAACACACGAAUUCAAAAGAGACCAGGUGAUUGAAGCAUUGAAGGAUCAGAAAACUUGGAUUUUCUUCUUCUGUGCUUUACUUAACAACAUGACCAACGGGGCUCUCACAACGUUUUCUACUUUGAUCACCCAAGGGUUUGGAUUCUCGGGUCUCAAUUCCAUCCUAUUACAAAUGCCCUCUGGUAUCUUUGAUGUUCUCCUCAUUCUUGUUGGUGCCUGGAUACAUAGUCGCACCGGAGACCGAUUAUUCACUUGCGUUGGCCUGAUGUUAGUUGCUGAAGUAGGCUUGAUCCUUCUGGUUGCUGUACCAAGUGUCGGAGGAAAACUCUGUGGACUCUACCUUACCUAUGGAUAUGCCGCUGCUUAUGUGCUUGUGAUCAGUUCUGUUGCCGCAAACACCAACGGGUAUACGAAGAAAUUGGUUACGAAUGCAAUGAUGAUCAUAGGUUACACUGUUGGUAACAUCAUUGGGCCUGUGAUCAUGAUUGACGGUCCAAAGUAUGUGGGAGGCAUGGUGGGCUGUAUCUCAGCUAACUUUGUAAUGAUCCUCCUCAUGGUAUACUUACGUUUCUCCAUGGCUCAUGAGAACAAGCGAAGAGCUGCCCUUGGCGGAGAAAAGUUGACUAGUGUUGACAAUGACAUUACGGAUCGUCAAGAUCCUAAUUUUGUGUACAGGCUGUAGAGCUUCUCAGCGAUAGCAGUGGAAUCAUAGCAGAUAUAUAAUCUUAUAUGUGUAAAUAAAUGUAAUAUAGCUGCUGUAGCUUGAUAACGAU